AUGGCUUCACUCUACACUCAGCGAGACAGUGAAGAGGUACCUCGCCGACCUGCCUCAACCGAAGACGAACCCGAAAGCCGAGGAGCCGCGAACGAUAGGACCCGAGUACAAGUAGAUAGCGAUUCCGAUACGGAGGACGAGGAGUAUUCACCCGACAAUCCCAAGAUCUCAGAUCCAGCCCUAGCAGCUUACUUAGAAAGAGUGGUCUCCGAAAGGUUCGGCACCAUUCAAUCUAUGGUAGAAAGGCUUCCAGGGGCAGCUCCUCCUAUUCGAAGAAGCAAUCAGGGGUCCUACUCCGAUACACCUUUUGUGGAAGAGAUUGCUUCGGUGGAGAUGCCGCGAAAGUUCUCUUUCCCAAGCAUAAAGAUGUACGAAGGUACUGGGGAUCCCGACAAUCACAUUGCUCAGUACAAGCAACGCAUGCUAGCAGUAGCAAUCCCUCAAGAUGCACGGAAAGCUACCAUGUGCAAGGGAUUCGGAUCGACCUUGACCGGCCCGCUCUUCAGUGGUAUAUCAACCUGCCCACCAAAUCCAUCAAAUCCUUUGCAGCCCUUAGCGAUAACUCGCUUCAACCAGGCGAAGGUGGCUAUUCCUGAGUGCAACGCUGAUACGACUAACUCAGCCUUCAAGAGGGGUCUACUUCCAGUGGGAGACCUUUACAAGGAGCUGAUCAAAUACAAGUGCAGGAUUAUGGAAGAUGUGCUCUCCUGUGCUUGGGUUCAAGUAAGAUGGGAAGAAGAUGUUGCUAGUAGGACUAAAGCCGGUCCAAAGUACGAUCAGAAGCCGUCAAAGGCUACAAGGAAUGACCGCGACGAGUCUUCCCACUCGAAGUCCGCCAGGGAGACUAGCAACCCGAAUAGGGGCAGGUAUCAGCAUCGACCUUUGCCUAGAUCCGAAGGGAUGAUUGUGUCUACUUGGCCUGACAUCUCCCAUCUCGCGAUAACUAAACCGGAGCUGAUCAGUGACUUACGACAAAUGGGUCCUCAAGUUAAGUGGCCUCCUAAGAUGAAGGCCGCAGAGGCUAAUCGAAAUCCCAAGCGAUGGUGCGAGUUCCACAGUGAUCAUGGACAUACUACAGAGGAUUGCAUAGCCCUAAAGAUGGAAGUCGCCGAGCUCCUCAAGAACUUUUUAAAUAAAGAAAGUCCCAGCCUCCCUAUCGAGGCAGCUCCUGCAUUGCCACCACAGCAAGAUCGGGUUAUCCACGUCAUCACAGGUGGAUCAGAGGUGAGCGGAAUUAGCAGUGCCGCAGCCAAGAAAAGUACUCGCAAUGCCAGGAACGGCCGAGAGGCCGAGGGUCCCAAGCGCCUGCCCCUUGGAACAGAUGAGAUCAGUUUCACUGCAAGGGACCAGGAGAAGGUCCUCGUCCCUCAUCAUGACGCUCUCGUCAACCUUAGGGGAAAGACUCAGGUCUCAUAG